AUGUUGACACCGGCUGAUUGGCUGAAAAAGAGCCGGAAUGGGUGGCUGACCAAUGAGAAAGAAGGACAUGUUGGCAUGGUAACAAAGAGUGGCCGACCAAUUACGGAAGAAGAUUAUUGGCAAGUCAUUAUGUUGACGUCAUCGAGCGGGGAGAUUGUUGUUGUUGGGAGAGGUUUGAUUGGCUUCAAGUUGGUAUAUAAGUUGGAGCUGGAGGUGUUUUCAGUGAAUUUGGCUCCUGUUACAACAACUAGGGGUGGCUUCAUUUUAGAAAAUUUGCCACGCGAGUUUUCAGGCGCUAGAAACAAAUUUAAAUUCAACUUUUCCGUCCAAAACAUCGUACGUCGAAUCGCAAAAAGCUCUGUCCGUGUCACAGAUUUCCUCAUCAAUCACAUCCUUAAUAACAACACAAAAAACAUUAAUAACAGCAACGACAAGAUCAUGGCAAAUAAUAACAAAAAUUACAGUUACAACAACAAUAACACAAACAUCACCAUUGCAAACAGUAGUUACGAUCACAUUGACACAGACAACAUCAACAACAGCAUGAAUGGCAACAACACGAGCAACAAAAACGUUACAGACAACAACUAUGCAACAGGCAACGACUUGGAUUUCAUCAACAUCAACUUCGGUGACAUCAACAGCCCAAACACUAACGCAGUCGACAUUGAUUUUUUCAGCAGAAUCAUCGAAGGCGAUGACAUCAACAACAUCAACGACAUCAGCGACAAUAACGACGGUGAAAACGUCACCUUCAACAACAAUUACAGCAACAACAGCAAUAGCAGCAACAACAGCAGUAAUAACGUCAAAAUCGUCAACAACAACAAUACAAACAACAACAUAACCGACAUUAACACAAAUAGCGUUACAUACAACACCACAAACACUACCUCAGUCAACAACAUCCCGAGCAACACCGCAGAUAUCAACACGUACAACAACAUUACAAGCAACAACAUCACAAACACGUACAACAUUACAAACAACAACAGCACAGAUAUCAACACAUACAACAACAUCCCAAACAACAACAUUUUAAACAACACCACAGACUUCAACGCGUACAACAACUUCUCAAACAACAACACCGCAAAUGCAAACAACAUCACAAACACAUACAAUAUUACGAACAACAACACAAACAACGGCGAAGUUUUCAACGCGUACAACAGCACCACAAGCAACGACAUAAAUAGCACAAACAACAGCGCGAACAACAACGACGCAAACAACGCAAAAACUCGAUUGAAGAAGAAGUACCGAACGAAGCAGGAGGCCCUGACGCUGCUGAUCAUCGAGGCCAUCAACAGCUGCCAGCAGGGACUGGCCGUAGCAGACAUCUACUCCUACAUCAGUCAGAAGGACUCCAACUACCCAGCCAGCGAUCAAACCUGGCAUCAGAACGUUCGCUUCUCUCUCACUCACAACAAAUAUUUUUACAAAUCCAACCUGAGCCGUUCGAACGGAAGAGGAAGACUGUGGCUCUUUGAUCCGGUGAGGUACAAUCAGGGCAAGGAGGAAGUGAAGGAGAGGAGGAGGCAGAGAAUGGCUGACCUCAACCAGAAGGUUAGAGGUCACCAGCUCAGCAACCGGAUGGAUGAUUCAACUUCAUCCGAAGCAUCAUCAACAUUUAGAUCUUUGUCUCAAGUUCAAUCGCCAUCUCCUGCUACUGUCACGAACUACACUGCACCCGUCAACAAAGGCAGCUGCAUCAGCCACAACAACACCAGCCAGAACACUAGCGACAACGGCAGCAACAACAACAUCGGCUACAACAACAUCGGCUACUGCAAUAGCAACAACUUUAGCAACAACACCAACAACAACAAUAAUAACUUCAGCAGCACCAGCAACAACACCAACAACAGUAACUACAAUUCCAUCAACACGAACGACUCAAGCAGCAUCGGCCACAUCGGCAACAACAUCGGCAACAACACCAACUACAUCAGAAACAGUGGCAACAACGUCAGCAAUAUUGGUGGCGACAACACGCAACUUUUAACACAAACCAGCUGCAGAAACCACAACAGAAACACCAACAUCGGUAACACGAUCAACCUCUACCAACAACAAAACGUCUACCCUACCAACAACUACCACUCGUUCAACCAUUUAACUCCCUGUGCAACGACCAACCACUUUACGACUUCCAGAUUCUCUGCAGCAACAACAAGAUCAGCCGCCACCCUGCAGGGCCACUGUUUCGACGCCUUAGAGCAAACAUUUGACUGCAACACACCGAACUAUUUUCCUAUGGCAACAUCGUCAUCUUCGCAAGCAGCCUUUUACAAUCGACAACAAUAUGAACAACUGCAACAACAACGACGGCGACUUCAACAACGUCCUCAACACCAACCAUAUCUACAGUACCAAAGGCAGCAGCGGUGGCAGCCACAAAGAAACAUGACGUCAUCAACGUACGACAACCAGUCGACGACGAUGAACAGCAGCGAUGGAUAUGCUUCGUACGGCAAUUGGAACACGACAACUACUUACGCACGUGAUGUAGCGCCACCACAGAUGAACUCCGCGACCUACCUCGCCACAUCGGAACCUUCAGGGCCACCAUCCAACCACAUGAACAGUUACAGCUACAACUACCCACAACCUUCACAACGUUACGUCACCAAUCAACAUCAGGUGCUUCCAGACCAGGAUCAAUUCACCCAACGGUCAUCCAGCCAUCCCACAUUCGCUGGCACUUCCGUCAAACGCCCCAACACAAGCAUGGAUACAACAACAUAUCCGCCAAACAAGCGGUGGUGCGGUCCAUCCCAAUUCUACCCUGACCCGGAUGACUUCAAUAAUUAUUAA